CUUGAUGACGUCGUACAUCCUGUCGUGGUCCUCGGUGACGGCCAGCAGGCGAGGCGGCACUUUGGAGCGGUCCCACAGCAGAAAGGCUGAGCGACGGCGGAAGAGCACGGAAACGCUCGCAAAAGGUCGCCUCCUUGCGGCGUGUUGCUGACAUCGCCCCGUCUCCGCUGCUGCUAUUUCCCGCAUCUCCACUUCGAGGCGAGAGGAGGAGGAGGAGGAGGAGGAGGAGGAGGAGGAAGGAGGGUUUGUCAGGAGAAAGGGUCCGUCCUAUGGGUGUCAUCGUCAUCAUCAUCAGCAGCAGCAGCAGCAGCAGCAGCAGCAUCAUCCUCGGAAGCAGCAGCAGCAGCAGCAUCAGCAGCCAGGCCAGCUCGUCCUGUUCCGACUCGCCGGUGCCGAGAAAGCCGGCGACGAGCAGUCGACAGCCAGGAGACACAAAGCUCCGUCCUCGGCACACGCGCAGAAGGGCGUCGGGGGCGCUAUGGCGAAUGCCUCGCCGGAUCUGGACAACGCCGACGCUCAGCGGCAGCUCAACAACAAGAACCGGCCCGUCAGCUCGGCAUUCUGGGAAACAGAGUGCACCAGCGCCAAGCUGUUUGAGUGCUCCCGGAUCAAAGCGCUGGCAGAGGAGCGAGACGCUGUCCAGAAGAAGACGUUCACCAAGUGGGUCAACUCCCACCUUGCCCGAGUGUCCUGCCGCAUCUCUGACCUCUACAAUGACCUCCGCGACGGCUACAUGCUCACGCGGCUCCUGGAGGUCCUCAGUGGGGAGCUGCUGCCAAAGCCCACGCGGGGCCGCAUGCGGAUCCACUCCCUGGAGAAUGUGGACAAAGCCCUGCAGUUCCUCAAAGAGCAGAGGGUCCACCUGGAGAAUGUGGGCUCACACGACAUUGUGGACGGGAACCACCGCCUCACGUUGGGGCUCAUCUGGACCAUCAUCCUCCGCUUCCAGAUCCAGGUGAUCAAGAUCGCCACGGCGGACAACAGGGAGACCCGCUCGGCCAAGGACGCUCUGCUGCUCUGGUGCCAGAUGAAGACCGCCGGGUAUCCAGAGGUGAACAUCCAGAACUUCACCAGCUGCUGGAGGGACGGCCUCGCCUUCAACGCUCUCAUUCACAGACACAGACCGGAUCUGAUCGAGUUCCACAAGCUGACGAGAUCCAACGCCACUCACAACCUGCAGCAGGCCUUCAACGUCGCCGAGCAGAACCUGGGCCUCACCAAGCUGCUGGACCCCGAGGACGUAAACACGGAGAACCCCGACGAAAAGUCCAUCAUCACUUAUGUGGUGUCGUACUACCACUACUUCUCCAAAAUGAAGGCUCUUAUCGUGGAGGGCAAAAGAGUUGGCAAAGUCCUGGACAACUGCAUCGAGGCCGAGAAGCUGGUGGGCCGAUACGAGGCGCUGGCGUCCGAUCUGCUGGGCUGGAUCGAGAAGACCGUCGGCGUCGUCGCCAACCGGAAGUUCGCCAACUCGCUGACGGGCGUUCAGCAGCAGCUGCAGGCCUUCACCACCUACUGCACCGUCGAGAAGCCCGUCAAGUUCCAGGAGAAGGGCAACCUGGAGGUCCUUCUCUUCACCAUCCAAAGCAAACUGAGAGCCAACAACCAAAAAGCCUUCGUGCCUCGCGACGGGAAGCUCAUCUCCGACAUCAACAAGGCGUGGGAGCGGCUGGAAAAGGCAGAGCACGAGAGGGGCGUGGCCCUGCGCAAGGAGCUGAUUCGCCAGGAGAAGCUGGAGCUGCUGGCUCAGCGCUUUGACCACAAGACCACCAUGAGACAAGCGUGGCUCAACGAGAACCAGAGGCUCGUGUCGCAGGACAACUUUGGCUACGACCUCCCCGCGGUUGAGGCGGCCAUGAAGAAGCACGAGGCCAUCGAGGCGGACAUCGCCUCGUACCAGGAACGGAUCGGCGCGGUGGUGGAGUUGGCCGCCGAGAUGGAAGUCGGGAGCUACUACGACAUUCGCCGCAUCUCGGCCCGCCAGGAGAACAUCCUGGGCCAGUGGAGUCUGCUGAAGGAGCUGGUGGCGGGGAGGCGGACCCGGCUGGAGAAGAACCUGACCCUGCAGAAGACCUUUCAGGACAUGGUCUACAUGAUUGACUGGAUGGAGGACAUGCAGGCCCAGCUGCUGUCCAAGGAUUUCGGGAAGCAUCUUCUGGAGGUGGACGACCUGCUGCAGAAGCACAGCCUGCAGGAGGCCGACAUCGGGGUGCAGGCCGACAGGGUGGAAACGCUGAAUGCCGCCGCGCUCAAGUUCACCAGCAUCGAGGGUUACCAGCCGUGCGAUCCGCAAGUGAUCUGUAACAGGGUCAAUCACGUCUCAUCCUGCCUUGAGGAACUGAAGGAGUUGGCGGCCAAGCGGCGCUCCGAGCUGGAGGAGUCCAGGCAGCUGUGGGCCUUCUUCCAGGAAUUGGAGGAGUCCGAGUCCUGGAUCCGGGAGAAGAGCUCCAUCCUGGAAGCUCAGGGUUAUGGCAAAGACCUGAGUAGCGUGCUCAAGUUACUCCAGAAACAUAAGACCCUUGCCGGGGAACUCAUGGCCCACCGUGCCUUGCUGGAGGUGACCGUCCAGCGCGGUCAGCAGAUCCUGGAUGAGAAGAGUUUGGGCACGGCGGGCAUCCAGGAGCGCAUCCUGGACGUGACCGACGAGUGGACCCGGCUGGAGGAACAGGCGGCCCGGCGCCUCGGCCACCUACAGGAGGCGGUCAACUUCUUCCAGUUCUCCACCGAGACGGAUGACCUGGUGGUGUGGCUGCAGGACUCUUACCGCCUGGUGUCCAGCGACGACUUCGGCCACGACGAGUACUCGACGCGCUCGCUACUGAAGAAGCACCGAGGCGUCAGCGAGGACAUCGACAAGCACCGGCUGCACGUGGUGGCUCUGCGCAAACACAUGGGGGCCCUGCCGCUGCGCUACCGGGAGCAAGAGGAGGUGCCGGUUCGGAUGGUGGAGGUGGAGCAGCUGUACACGGAGGUGGUGGAGGUGGGCGUCCUCCGCCAGCAGUGGCUCCACGACGCCCUGGCCGUCUACCGCAUGUUCAGCGAGGUCAACGCCUGCGAGCUGUGGAUAGACGAGAAGGAGCAGUGGCUGAACAAGAUGGAGAUCCCGGAGAAGCUGGAGGACGGGGAGGUGGUGGCGCACAGGUUCGAAUCCCUGGACCAGGAGAUGAACAGCCUGAUGGGGAGGAUCCUUGACGUCAACCAGAUAGUCCAGCAGCUUCUGGACGGAGGACAUCCGUCCUCCACGGAGGUCCGAGGCUGUCAGGACCACCUGAACUCCAGGUGGAACAGCAUCGUGGGUCUGGUGGAGCACAAGAAGGAUCAGCUGAACAGGAUGCAGCGUCUUCAGAACUACCUGCUGGAGUGCGGCGAGAUCAAGUCUCAGAUUCAAGAGAAGCGCAAAUCCAUCGACGCCACGCAGUACGCCGGCAGCGACCUGGGGGGGGUCCUGGCUCUGCAGCGCCGCCUCUCCACCAUGGAGGGGGCGCUGGCCGUGCUGGAGCCCAAACUGGUGCACCUACAGGAGGAAGCGGAGUACCUGGCCACCGCCCACGCCAGCCGGGCCACGGAGGUCCUGCUUCCCUUCGACGGCAUCAGCGUGGAGUGGGAGGAGCUUAAACGCACCUUGCAGGCCUGCGAGGAUUCGCUGAUGGUGGCCGGCAGGCUGCAGAGCUUCAUCCAGGACCUGGACCUGUUCCUGACCUGGCUGGUCCAAACCCAGACGGCCGCCACCUCGGAUCAGUUGCCCAACGACCUGGAGGAAGCCGAGAGGCUCAUCAACAAACAUGCCGCGCUCAAGGAGGAGAUUGGACGAUACGAGGAGGACUACGAGCGUCUGCAGGCCAUGAACGAGCUCCUGGAGUCGGAGGAGGCGCCUCUCCCGCAGGCCGCCCUGCAGCAGUGGCUGCACAAGUUGGACGUGGGCUGGAACAAGCUGCUGGAGAUGUGGGAGGGUCGGCGCGAGGUCCUGGUGCAGGCGCACAUCUUCCUGUUCCUGCGCGACGUCAAACAGGCCGAGUCCUUCCUCAACAACCAGGAGUCGGCGCUGGCCCACGUGGAGCUCCCCGACACCGUGGAGACGGUGGAGGCCGCGGUCAAGAAGCACAAGGACUUCACCACCACCAUGGAGCUCAACCUGCACCGCAUCAAGGCCGUCAUCGAGGCCGGCGAGAGCCUCAUCAGCCAGAACAACAUCUACUCGGAGCGCAUACGCCAGCGGGUCGACGCGCUCGCCAGCAGGGGCAACAAGAACCGGGAGCAGGCCCAGCAGUGGUUGGAAAAACUCAACGACCAGUGGGCUCUGCAGAGGUUCCUGCAGGACUGUCACGAGCUGGGCGACUGGGUGAGCGAGAAAAUGCUGAUGGCGAGGGACGGAAACCGCGACGACGCGCAGAAGCUUCACAAGAAGUGGCUGAAGCACCAGACCUUCAUGGCCGAGCUGGCGCAGAAUAAAGAGUGGCUGGACAAGAUCGAGAGGGAGGGCCAGCAUCUGAUCCAGGAGAAGCCCGAGCUGAGCCCGCUGGUGCGUCAGAAGCUGGAGGAGAUCCGCGAGUGCUGGCUGGACCUGGAGAGCAGCACGCAAGCCAAGGCCCAGCAGCUCUUCCAGGCCAACAAGACGGACCUGCUGGCUCAGAGUUACCGCGACUUGGACCAGAGGCUGGGCCAGAUGGAGGGCCAGCUGGCCUACGUGGACGGCGGCCACGACUUGGCCACCGUCAACAGGCAGCUGAAGAAACUGCAGACCAUGGAGUACCAGAUGGAAGAGUGGUACCAGGAGGUCGGCGACCUGCAGGCUCAGGCGUCCGGCGUGCCGCAACAGACGCGAGCUAAGGAGACGGUCGCCGAGCAGCAAGCUGCGGUCGAGGCUCGCAUGGUGCGCCUCAUCGAACCCCUCAAGGAGCGCAGACGCCUGCUGCUGGCCUCCAAGGAAGUUCACCAGGUGGGACGAGACCUGGAGGACGAGAUGUUGUGGGUGCAGGAGCGCCUCCCGCUGGCCAUGAGUCAAGAGCACGGCUCCUCCCUGCAGUCGGUGCAGCAGCUCAUGAAGAAGAACCAGUCUCUUCAAAGGGAGCUCCAGGGCCACGUAAGCCGCGUGGAGGAGGUCUUGGAGCGCGCAGCCGUCUUCGCCGCGGUCCGCAGCCCGGAGGCCGACGCCGUGCGGGCGGGCCACGAUCAGCUGUCCCAGCUGUGGGCCCUGCUCCUGACCGAAACCGAACGCCGGCAGCUCGUGCUGGACGCCAUGUACCAGGCGCAGCAGUACUACUUUGACACGGCGGAGGUGGAGGCCUGGCUCGGCGAGCAAGAGCUGCACAUGAUGAACGAGGAGAAAGGGAAGGAUGAGCCGAGCACCUUACAGCUGCUGAAGAAGCACCUGGUCCUGGAGCAGACCGUGGAGGACUACGCCGAGACCAUCGGCCUGCUGUCUCAGCAGUGCCGGCAGCUGCUGGAGAUGGGACACCCUGACUGCGAGCAGAUCAGCAAGCGGCAGUCGCAGAUGGACCGCUUGUACGUGUCGCUAAAGGACCUGGUGGAGGAGCGCAAGAGCCGCCUGGAGCAGCAGUACUGGCUGUACCAGCUCAACCGGGAGGUGGACGAGCUGGAGCAGUGGAUCGCCCAGAGAGAGGUGGUGGCCAGCUCACCCGAGCUGGGCCAGGACUACGAGCACGUCAGCUUGCUCCAGGAGAAGUUCACCGAGUUCGCAUCGGAGACGGGCAGCGCGGGUCAGGAACGCGUGACGGCCGUCAACCAGAUGGCGGACGAGCUGAUCGACUACGGCCACGCCGAGGCCGCCGUCAUCGCCGAGUGGAAAGACGGCGUCAACGAGUCGUGGGCGGAACUCCUGGAGCUGAUGGAGACGCGGGCGCAGAUGCUGGCCGCCUCGCACCAGUUGCACAAGUUCUUCGCCGACUGCCGAGAGGUUCUGUCUCAGAUUGAGGACAAACACCGCAGGCUACCGGAGGUCCGCGGCCGCCAAAGCGGCACGGCCGACAGCGGCAUGCUCCAGAGGAUGCUGCGCAACUUCGAGCAGGACAUCCAGCUGCUGGUUACGCAGGUACGUCAGCUGCAGGAGAGCGCGGCGCAGCUGAGGACGGUGUACGCCGGCGAGAAGGCGGAAGCAAUCGCCUGCAGCGAGCACCAAGUCACGCAGUGCUGGAAGGAGCUGCUCACCUCCUGCGAGGAGCGUCGGCUGCAGAUCACCACCGAGACCGACAAGCUCAGGUUCUUCGGCCUGGCCCGCGAUCAGAUCAUGUGGAUGGACUCCAUCCUCUGCCAGAUCGACACGGGGGAAAAGCCGAGGGACGUGUCGUCGGUGGAGGUCUUGAUGAACUAUCACCAGGGUCUGCGGAACGAGGUGGACGCCCGCACUCAGAGCCUGGUGGAAUGCAUCGACAUGGGGAAGAUGCUGCUGGCGGCUCGAAACCCCGCAGCCCACCAGAUUAAGGAGAAGCUGGACACUGUGGUUGCUAAGCAACGCGAGCUGUCUGAGAAGUGGGACAAGCACUGGGAGGCCCUGCAGCAAUUGUUGGAGGUGCACCAGUUCGCGCAGGAGGCGGUGGUGGCGGAAGCGUGGCUGGCGGCGCAGGAGCCCCUGGUCAGCAGCAAGGAGCUGGGGGGCAGCGUGGACGAGGUGGAGCAGCUCAUCCGGAGACACGAAGCCUUCCGCAAGGCCGCCGCCACCUGGGAGGAGCGAUUCAGCUCGCUCAGGCGCCUCACCACGGUGGAGAAGCUGAAAGCCGAGCAAAGCAAACAACCGGCGACCCCUCUGCUGGGCCGGAAGGUCUUCCUGGACCCCCAGGACGCGUCCCCGGCGCCACCUUCCAGCCUCCCUCGCCUGCCCCUCUCCCCCGUCACGAGACAGACAAUCUACGAGCAGAACGAGGCCAGCACGCCGCCCUCUCCCUCGCCCGCCACGCCCACGCCGUCCCCCUCGGGGUUCCGACACCCCCCCCAUUCGUCCAUCUUGUCCGUGGCCACGGCCGCCGUGUUGCUCUCUGCCGAUCGGGCGCAAGAAAGCGGCGUGAAGGCGGGUCAACUUGCGCCAAAGCCGGAAGUGGACGUCAAGCCAUCGCCGUACCUCCGCCAACCCAAAAUCAAACACAUGGACGACGCCGUGACGCCGCUUCUGGUCGCCAGCCGACUGGAGAAAGCCCGGGAGAAAGGCAGGGACGCGAUAUCGGAGCGAGCCGAGGUGGCCGUGAUGGCCGAGGUGGUCCUUCAGGAGCCCAACCAGGACCGGCUCCACGGAGGGCCCGGGCCAUCGAGGACUAACCCCGAGCCGCAGGUCCAGACUCACGCUGCUCGGCUGGAGCGUCGGCUGUCCGGCGAGCGGCUGAUCCAGGCCCGCAAGAACGAGCUUCCUCAGGAGGUGUGGCGGGAGCGCCGGACGCUGGAGAGGCAGACGUCCAGCGAGCAGGAGGGCCACGCCAGCCACGAGGGCCGGCGCAAGGAUCGAGACCGCCACUGGCUGGACAGACAAGAAUCCAGCGAACACGACACCGGAAAGGAACAUUCCGACCGACGCUCGGGAGGAGGAGAGAGGAGAACCACCAUGGCAGAAAUAGUGGAGCAGCUUCAGGAGAGGGAAGCGGCACAGGCCCGAGGCGAGGUUCCCCGCCUGCCGAACGGCCUUCCAGAGAAGUCUUCUCGCCCUGACCGGCCCCGAGCGCGGGACAGGCCCAAACCUCGGCGCCGGCCGCGACCCAAAGAGGCGGGAGAGACCACGCGGCGGUCCCGCUCUGCUCCGGCCCAGAGCGGCCCCGCGGCCCCCCUGCCCCCCACGCACGCCGCGCACCAUGAAGGCUUCCUCUUCCGCAAGCUGGACAUCGAGAGCCUGAAGAAGAGCACCAACAGCAGGUCUUGGGUGAACCUGUACUGCGUGCUGAAUAAAGGCGAGUUGGGCUUCUACAAGGACGCCAAGAACACCGCCACGGCGUACAACAACGAGCCCAUGCUCAACCUCGCGCACUGCCACUGCGAUGUCACCAACGGUUACAAGAAGAAAAAGAACGUUUUCACGUUAAAGACGAAGGACGGCAGCGAGUUCUUGUUUCACGCUAAAGACGAGGAGGACCUGAAGACGUGGGUGGGCAACAUCGGCAGCAGCAUCUCGGAACACGAGGAGAUGGCCAAGUGGGGCCAGCCUCAAGCAACUACCUCAUCCACCGACGAGGGCACGCGGCGAGACCGGAGCAAGGCCGGCUCGGAGCACUGCGGCGAGCCGUCGGAGCGAGCCGAGAGGGCCGAAAAGGUGGAGAAAGACAAAGAAAAGGACAGAGGGCGGGACAAAGACAGGGCGGAGCACUCGGAUCGCCGCGCCAAGGCCGAAGCCAAACGCUCCGAGAAGUCCAGCAAGAAAAAGUGAUGUCUCCUCACGGCUUCCCGCGUGGAAGCGCCUGGAUGCAAACUAACGCACGAAGAAAGAACUCUUUGAAACAUCUUCUUCCACUGCGUCUACGCGCCAUCGCCCCCCCGGUGGCUCUGCAGGGAAGUGCGGCAGGAAGUUGAUUGCUGCUUGUGAGCUCGAGAAUCAAGUACUGUAUCCUCGCUUGUUCCAUGUUUGAUUUUUUAUUUUUUGUAUGAGGUGAGCGGUGUGUGUGUGGUUAAGAAUAAUAGCAGUGCAUAAAAAGUACAUAAAAGUAAAUAAAGCGCAAAAUCAUCAUCGCUUUUAUUUCCAUAGGAGCCAAUGCAUCGGCAACACUUCAAAGCAUCAAAGGUGUAAGGUCAAAGGUCCUUUAAAGAAAGACCAGGGGAAAAAAAAACAAAACAAAACAAAAAAAAAAACAAUGCAAGGCCAUUGAAAAAAGUACAAAGUGGAUGAAAAAUGCUUGAAGAUGUGAGGCACACCUCCGUUGGUCGAAAACCUGUGAAGAGUCUCUCAAGAUUCUUCAUUUGGUUAUAAAACAUCGCUGAAAAUUCUUCAGUUGCUCCAACAAGCUGUUUAGAAAGACUCUUGGUCAAAACAGUCUCGAGUUGGCCUCUUUGGAACCGAUGAAGUGCAGAAGUAUGCAACUCAGAUGUUAGGCACUUUUUCCAAAAAAACAAAACACUGCUAUUAUUCCCAGCAUCACUGAAUGCGUCUUUUGCUUGGGGCAGCCCACUGCGCCAAACUGCUCUCAUUCAUUAUCCUACAAAAAUAUUCCAAAUCUCUCCCUCUCUCUCUCUUUUUUUUUUAUGUUUCCAUGCAAAGGAAAUGUGGCUGGUGUGUACGUUUGUUGUCCAUAGCUCUCAGGUUUCUUAGUGAAUGCUCGGCGUGUCCAAAUGUCUUCCACACGAGCAAGGUUGCAAACUCAUGGAAACGGCAGCGCAGUGGAAGCAGGGCGAGUCGAACGAACGAAUGACCGAAACCGCUCGAGCUGUCACGCCGUGUGACUUUGCAUGUCGGACUCACGUGAAAUCACGUUGACAAAUAAAAGAUAUACAUGAUCAUUUUCUGCCUCUGAACCCGCCGAAAUCAACUCCCGAUUGGCUUCUCCCUUUUUCACGAUGUCCGACCCUUUAGCUGACCUACCUACUUGAGCACAAACGGACUCCCGUUCGAAAAUAUGUCCGGGAUUCUGGCUCAUUUGGACUUUUGUCAAAGCCAUGAAGUUUGCCUCAAAUGGCUCCUGGAGACCAAAAUGAACAAGUUGCUUCCAUUUUUAAAAUGUUCUCGGCGUCUCCUGACAUUUCCAUCCAGUUUCCUGUUGCACCUUGAAAAUGGUGAUGGGGCUGAUUUAUUAAUUUAUUUAUUUGGGGUCCAAUUUUCGGGUCAUUCUCAUAUGAUCAUCAAACUUUGCCGCCACAAUAGACGGACGGUAUUAACAAAAAGCUUUGCGAUUUAACCUCGCCCAUCCGACCCAUCACUCAAACGGUUCUGAUCUUGGCUUGACCCAAAUGUCUGCUUAAAAUCAAGACGUCCGACUUCUUGUUCGAUUUGAGUCACGGGUCUUUGCGACAUUUUUGGUUUAGCCUGCCACGGUAGAGGUUGAUUGGGUAUUGGAGGGGAUUUUUCGACCUAGCUUUCGGGGGACGCAAAUGGGUGACUUUUGGGGACCCUCAAAAUUCAUACAUUUGCAACAGGAUACACGAUGCGCUUUGGCCCUUGACAUGAAAAAUUAACUCUCAAAUCUUCUGAAGACGUAUCCACGUUCCCCAGAUACUUAUCCAAUGGUGUCACUGCGAUCUGCAUUUUAGUCUUUGACGCAUUUCGCGUGAAUGGCGGAUCGACGCAGUUAUUUUCCACGCAUGUUGGACACAACGAGCAAAGCCAGAGCCGAGAGACGAAAUGCAAAUGAAGCGACGUCUCGUUCGGAUGCCGACGUCCUCGUAAUGGACUACAAAGUUGCAGGCGGCAGAAUAAAAGAUGCAGUGCGUCACACAGCUGCCAUCUUUGGAAUGUUUGUGCGUUGCGGCUCAGGCGGAAUGACGGAUAAAAUACAUUUUAGUCUAUCGAUAAAAACAUUCACUGUCUACUUCUGACAAUUGCUAUACAUGAAAUGAAAUCCAUUAUUUCAUUGGAUUUUGCACCUAAUAAAGUACCCAGUACAAUCAUUGUGUAUGGAGGCUACGUUGAAUGCAUAAGCAAA